UGCACUUUGGAUGUCCCCUUAGACAUGUGCAUCUGCUGUGGAAGCUUCCAGGUGUACACACAGCACCCUCUGUUUGAGGGAGGGAUGUGCGCUCCCUGCAAGGACAGGUUCCUGGAUUGCCUCUUCUUGUACGAUGACGACGGGAACCAGUCCUACUGCUCCAUCUGCUGCUCCGGAGAAACGCUGCUCAUCUGCGAAAACCCGGACUGCACCCGGUGCUAUUGUUUCGAGUGUGUUGACACCCUGGUCAGCCCCGGGACCUCAGAGAAAGUUCAAGCCAUGAGUAACUGGGUGUGCUUCCUGUGCCUGCCUUUCCCCCGCAGCGGGCUGCUGCAGAGGAGGAGGAAGUGGCGGGGCUGGCUGAAGGCCUUCUACGACCAGGAGGCGGAGAGUCCCCUUGAGAUGUAUAAAACUGUGCCUGUGUGGAAAAGAGAGCCAGUCCGGGUACUGUCCCUUUUUGGUGACAUCAAGAAAGAGCUAACGAGUUUGGGCUUUUUGGAAAACGGUUCUGACCCAGGAAGACUGAAACAUUUGGAUGAUGUCACCAACACAGUGAGGAGGGACGUGGAAGAAUGGGGUCCGUUCGACCUCGUGUAUGGCUCUACACCCCCCCUCGGCCAUGCCUGUGACCAUCCUCCUGGGUGGUACCUGUUCCAGUUCCACCGCCUCCUGCAGUACGCGAGGCCCCGGCCGGGCAGCCCGCGCCCCUUCUUCUGGAUGUUUGUGGACAACCUCGUGCUGACCGAAGAUGACCGGGAUGUGGCCACUCGCUUCCUGGAGACCGACCCCGUGACCAUCCAGGACAUCUGCAGCAGAACCAUCUGGAAUGCCGUGCACGUGUGGAGCAACAUCCCAGCUGUGAAAAGCAGGCACUCAGCCCUGGUUUCCCAGGAGGAAUCCUCCCUGCGGGCUCAGGACAGGCAGAGAGCAAAGCCCCCCACCCAGGGGCCAGCCAAGCUGGUGAAGAAUUGUUUUCUCCCCCUGAGAGAAUAUUUCAAGUAUUUUUCAACAGAACUCACUUCCUCUUUAUAAAUGAGUCACUAUACUUUGAAAAAAAAUGACUUUUCCUAGAACAAAGACAACUUUCCUUAUAUUGUCUCUUUUUUCCUCUUUGUUAUUUCAUCUGCUUGACGGUGGAUUUUCCAUGGUUGCUACAGACCCGUCUUCCCUUUGGGUCUGGAGACGCAGGGCCCCGACCCACCAUGCCCUUCAAAGAAUGGGGGGAAA